UGUGCUUCCGGCGAGCGGGAAGGCUGAAACGCGGGGCUUUCAUUGAGGCGCAGUGUGCGAGUGUUUUUUGGGGGUGAAGCCUUAAGCCAUGGACAGGGGUGGCUUUGGAGACAUGUCAUCCCCUGUGAUCCGGGAUGCAGAGGUGACAAGGACUGCAAAGAAGCAAAGCGCUCAGAAAAGAGUUUUAAUUCGCGCAUCCCAAGAUGAAACUUUUGUUAACUCUACACCAAGAAAUCAAGUUACCCCACGAACUCCUGGCUCGUUUCGAGCACCUUUUACUCCACCAAACCGGAGCUUAUUAAAGCAGCCAGAUGUUUCCUGCAUUCCUGGAACAGGAGGGAAAUCUGCUCGAUAUACUCAGAAUUCAGGAUUUUUGGGAAAUCUGUCUAUGAUAACAGAUCUGGAUGACAGUAAUUGGGCCGCUGCAUUCUCAUCCCAGCGCCCAGGACUCUUCCCUAACACUGAGGCCCACAGUGUAACAGAGGAUGUAACUCUCAGCGCUGUUAUGUUGCGGGAAGAUGAUCCUGGAGAAGCAGCAUCCAUGAGUAUGUUUUCUGAUUUUUUACAAUCUUUUCUGAAGCACUCUUCGAUGACAAUUUUUGAACUUGUAGAAGAGUAUGAAAACAUUUGUGCUAGUCAGGUGAAAAUUCUAAAUAAAAUGGUGACUCGAGCAACACCUGGACUUCAAAAGUUUUCAAAAACAUCCAGUAUGCUCUGGCUUCUUCAGCAGGAGAUGGUCACAUGGAGGCUGUUGGCUUCUUUGUAUAGAGACAGAAUACAGAGUGCAUUGGAAGAUGAAAAUAUGUUUGCAAUUGCCUCUCUUAAUGCCAGUGAAAAAGCAGUUGUGGAAAGUUUAUUUCAAAGAGAUUCCCUUGUUCGACAAAGCCAGCUGGUGGUAGAUUGGUUAGAGAGCAUUGCCAAAGAUGAAAUUGGAGAUUUUUCUGAUAAUAUUGAGUUUUAUGCAAAAUCUGUUUCUUGGGAGAAUACUCUACAUAGCUUGAGACAGCGGCAGGUGUCUUUUAAAGAAAGUGUACGCCCUCUUGUUACUGAAUUAGACCCUGAUGCUCCCCUAAGACAGAAAAUGCCCCUUGAUGACCUGGAUAGAGAAGAUGAAAUCAGAUUACUCAAAUACCUGUUCACUCUAAUUCGUGCUGGAAUGACAGAAGAGGCACAGCGGCUAUGUAAGCGUUGUGGUCAGGCAUGGAGAGCUGCAACACUUGAAGGCUGGAAACUCUAUCAUGACCCUAAUAUUAAUGGAGGAACAGAAUUAGAGCCUGUUGAAGGGAAUCCUUAUCGUUGCAUUUGGAAAAUAAGUUGUUGGAGAAUGUCAGAGGAUGAGCUUUUCAAUAAAUAUGAGAGAGCAAUUUACGCAGCUUUAAGUGGAAAUCUCAAGCAGCUGUUGCCUGUUUGUGACAGCUGGGAAGACACAGUCUGGGCCUGCUUCCGGGUAAUGGUGGACAGUUUGGUAGAACAGGAGAUCCGAACAUCCUCAAUAGCCAUGGAUGAAACUGAAGAGCUUCCUAGGGAAUAUUUGGAAGCAAAUUGGACCUUAGAAAAAGUUUUUGAAGAACUUCAAGCUACGAACAAAAAGAGAGUUCUGGAAGAGAAUCAAGAACAUUAUCAUGUAGUUCAAAAAUUUCUUAUUCUAGGAGACAUUGAUGGUUUAAUGGAUGAAUUUAGCAAAUGGCUUUCCAAAAGCAGAAAGAAUCUACCUGCACACCUCCUCCGCUUCAUGACUCACCUCAUUUUGUUUUUCCGUGCUCUGGGACUGCAGACGAAAGAAGACGUUUCCAUUCAAGUUUUAAAAACAUACAUACAGCUUUUAAUAAAUGAGAAGCAUACAAAUCUCAUAGCAUUUUAUACCUGUCACUUGCCACAAGACUUAGCUAUUGCCCAGUAUGCAUUAUUUUUGGAAGGUGUUACAGAAUUUGAACAGCGUCACCAUUGCCUGGAACUGGCUAAAGAAGCAGAUUUGGAUAUUGCAUCUAUAACAAAGACUGUAGUUGAGAAUACUCGAAAGAAAGAUGAUGGUGAAUUCACUCACCAUGACCUGGCCCCAGCCCUUGAUACUGGAACUACUGAGGAGGACCGUUUAAAGAUUGAUGUGAUUGAUUGGUUAGUAUUUGAUCCAGCACAGAGAGCGGAAGCUUUAAAACAAGGCAAUGCAAUAAUGAGGAAAUUCCUAGCAACCAAAAAGCAUGAAGCAGCAAAAGAAGUGUUUGUAAAAAUUCCUCAGGAUUCAAUAGCAGAAAUUUAUAAUCAGUGGGAAGAACAAGGAAUGGAAAGUCCACUUCCUGCUGAAGAUGAUAAUGCCAUCAGAGAACAUUUGUGCAUUAGAGCUUAUUUGGAAGCCCAUGAAACUUUUAACGAGUGGUUUAAGCAUAUGAAUUCAGCUCCACAAAAACCUACUUUGACACCUCAAGCAUCUUUUACUGAGAAAGUGGCUCAUGAGCACAAAGAAAAGAAAUAUGAAAUGGAUUACAGUAUUUGGAAAGGGCAUUUGGAUGCCCUAACUGCUGAUGUGAAGGAAAAAAUGUACAACGUCUUGUUAUUUGUUGAUGGAGGAUGGAUGGUAGAUGUUAGAGAAGAUGCCGAAGAAGACCCUGAAAGAACCCAUCAGAUGAUUUUAUUGAGAAAACUUUGUCUCCCGAUGCUCUGCUUUCUGCUUCACACUAUAUUGCAUAGUACUGGUCAAUAUCAGGAAUGCCUGCAGUUAGCAGAUAUGGUAUCCUCUGAGCGACACAAACUAUACCUGGUGUUUUCUAAGGAAGAACUAAGAAAAUUACUACAGAAGUUAAGAGAAUCCUCUCUAAUGCUCCUUAACCAAGGACUGGAUCCUUUAGGAUAUGAAAUUCAGUCAUAAUUCAUCUACUGUGUAAUCUCACUUCAGGAUAAAUGAAGUUUUUUGUAAAAUAUAUACAUUUGUAAUUACUGGGAUUUUAUUUUACAUUAUCUUGGGGUAAAGCAUUUAUAAAAUUCAGACAGAAUUUUGUACUUUUCAGAAUACAGUGGUGACCCUUUAAAAAUGAAUGUAUUAUAUCAGUAUUUCUGUUUAUAAAUAAAAUUAUGUAAAGAAUAAAAUGUUUUGUACUAAA